UUUCACUUACGGGUCGCCCGAGAAUAUGAUAAAUAUCUCUGCUCACUGAAAGUGGAUGCGAAAACUAACUCUACUGUGAUAGAAGUAAAAGAGCCGAAUGCACUCUACACAACCGAUGUGAUAGCAAUCACUGCCUAUGGCCUACAAGCGAACAGUCUAACCGAUCCGAAUGGUAUUUUCCGCAGAAAUGGCAAAAAGAUUUUCACUUUCAACUGGCUACGAUCACUGGAGGCUAAAGCUUUCUUUUUCUUACCAAUCGUGGUAAAAUUAUUCGGUUUCAAAGUCUUUUCAACCGAUACCACCAUCUUUCUGCGCGACACAAUCAAUCGAACGAUGGAAGAACGUAUGCGCACAGGUACGACACGUAAUGAUCUCAUUGAUAUUUUAAUUAAAUUUCGACGUGAGGCCGAAGAAGAAGUGAAGGAGGGUAAGAAACCAUUUAUAUUGGAACGUGAUGCUUUAGCGGCGCAAGCGGCGAUUUUCUUCUCUGCGGGUUUUGAGACUUCUUCAACGACCAUGUCGUUCACUAUGUAUGAAAUGGCGCGUAAUCCGGACUUGCAGCAACGUUUGCGUGAGGAGGUGCGUGAAGCAUUCCUGAGUAAUGAUGGCAAGUUGUCCUAUGAAAUGAUAAUGGGUCUGAAGUAUAUGGAUAAUGUGGUAAAAGAGGUUUUGCGUCACUAUCCACCACUACCAUUCCUCGACCGCGUUUGCACGCCAAAGGCUGGUGAAGAGGGUUAUUCAUUGAAGGCGUUCAAUAUGGACUUUAAUGUACCUGGCAAUAUGCCGAUCUAUAUACCACAGCAGGCUAUACAAAUGGAUCCGCAGCACUUCAAAGAUCCUGAAUCUUUUAAUCCCGACCGUUUCCUACCGGAGAACAAGCAUGAGAAUAAUAUGAACGCCUACAUGCCUUUCGGUAUUGGUCCACACAACUGUAUUGGGGAACGCUUCGCUAUGUUACAAACGAAGUUGGGUCUACUCUACUUCUAUCAGAAUCAUUAUGUGACGGUAUGUGAUAAGACGGCGGAGAAAAUUCAAUUGGAUCCUCGUGCCAUCAUCAUACAGCCUGUGGGUGGUAUUCAUAUGAAUGUUGUAAGAGAUCCAUUAUUUUGAGAUUUUUUUUUGUGAUUAGCGGACUCCUUUGGAUGUUCAUACAACAUAAUUUAUUUGUAAUUUAUAUUGUAAUUCAUAUUAUAGUAUAAUUAUGGAAAAUUUUGUCUUCACUUAAAUGUAAUAUUUCGGGUGCAAAAUAUCCUAUAUUAAGAUCUUUCCAAUUUCUCAUACGUUUGAACCAAUAGAAAUAGAAAGGAAUCAUGCGGUGCCAAGUUAGGACUAUGUGGCUGACGAA